AUGAGUCCCUCCGCCGCCGCGUCGUUAUUCGUCAUCUCCGCCGUGCUCCUCCUCUCCGCCACCACCUCCGCCCACAACAUAACCCUAAUCCUCGAUCAGUACCCGGAGUUCACAACCUACAACUCCCUCCUCACCGCCACCGACCUCGCCACCAAGAUCAACCGCCGCAAGACACUGACCAUCCUCGCCCUCACCAACGACCGCAUCGGAGAUCUCGCCGGAAAAUCCGUCGACGUUCAGACGAGGAUCCUAAGCACCCACAUCGUCCUCGACUACUUCGACAUGCUGAAGCUCUACAAGUUCAAGAACACCAAGAGCGUGGUCACCACGCUCUACCAGUCCACCGGCACCGCCGACGACAUGCAGGGAUUCCUCAACGUCAUCCACAGCACCGACGGCAACAUCUACUUCGGCUCCGCCAUGAACGGCGCGCCGCUCGACGCCAAGGUCGAGGGCUCCGUCGCCAAGCAGCCCUACAACAUCUCCGUCCUCAGCAUUUCCCACGUCAUCGUCGCCCCCGGGAUCGACGGCUCGUUCAAGCCGGUCACCGCGCCGCCGCCCAAGGCCCCCGCAUCCAACGCCACUUCGCCGCCGGCGGAGAGCCCGGAGGUUGAAGAGCCUGCAGCUGAUGCCCCCGCCCCUGAUUCUGAUGUUGCUGCCCCGGCCGAUGCUCCGGCCGCUGAUGCACCGGCCGCCGAUGCUCCUGGUCCUUCUCCCGACUCUGCACCGGCUGACGCCGAUCAGACACCGCCGCCGGCCAACGCCGCCGGGAAACAGAUGGUCGGCGGUUUGUCGAUUGGUUUGGUGAUGGCGUUUGCAUCUAUCGUCCUUGCAGCUCAUUGA